UUCCCGUUGACUCAAGGUCAGCUAAGAAUUAAAUUUCUCCAUUAAAUAAUCCAAUAGACACGGCAUUCGAGCACAGAAAUUCACAUGGUUAUGAUUGUUAUACCUAUCCUUAUAUUUUUUCUUGCUUCAAAGCCUUUAAUCGUCAUUUUAAACAGAAUGCAGCUCCUUCAAGUUUUGCAUUUACUUAUCUUGAUCUCUUUAACAGCAACAGUAACAAAAGCCGAGAGAAUCAGCAAAAAAGGAUGCAAUGAUAGGUGUGGAGAGAUAUCGAUUCCAUACCCUUUCGGGAUUGGAACAAAUUGUUCUCUAAACAAAUGGUACAAUAUUGAUUGUAACUCCUCGACACCGUAUCUGUCUGCACUCAACAACACGGAGUUCUUGAAUGUAAAUUCAGAGGACAGCUACAGAUCUGGAGCGGUCACUGUUAAGGUCUCCAUGACUUUUGAUUGCAUGAGGUCUGUCCAGCAUAGCACUCCUGUCGUAAGCAACAACAGUCCCUUUUAUAUUUCCACUUCUGCUAACAAACUUUUCGUUGAGGGGUGUGGCAUUAAUGCUGACGUCAUGGUGAAGAAGACUAUUGUUGCCAGUUGCUCAACGAUUUGUCGUAAUGAUACUGUCAGCGAUAGAAACAACUGCUUUGGCAUUGGUUGUUGUCAAGCCACGAUUGAUAUGAUUCAUAGUACUGAUAUGAAUUAUGGUGGAUGGUACUAUAGUCGUCAUCUGAAUUUCAAGACGUUUAGGUUGAAUGUAACAGGCUUGGAAGGGCCGGCUGGAGACGAGACAUGUAGGUCUGCCUUCCUGAUGGACAGUUCAUACUUCAGAGCAGGCUUUCCAAUUGACAUGAACAGCACUUACGUUCCCAUAACACUUUCGUGGUAUUCAGAUACCCUAGACGACAACAAUACUUCUCCAGAAUGCAAAAAGUGUCAACUUAAGGGAGGGUAUUGUCAGCUAAAUCUUGACGUGGACUCGGCUACAAGUUGUAUUAUUUAUAAGGGGAGAAAUUUGGGUGUCAUUCUGGGUGUUAGUAUAAGCAUGGGAUUGCUUUUCCUAAUGGUGAUGGGCUAUGCAUUAUACAAAAUAAUCAAGAAAACUAAAGCUAAGAGAAGGAAACAAAGGUUUUUUAAGCGCAAUGGUGGUCUUCUUCUUAAACAACAACAAGCAAUUGAUGUUGAGGAAACCAUACUCUUCACCUCUAAAGAAUUGGAGAAGGCUACUGACCGUUUUAAUGAGAAUAGAAUUCUUGGUCGAGGAGGUCAGGGUACUGUAUAUAAAGGUAUGUUAGCAGAUGGACGGAUCGUAGCAAUCAAGAAAUCAAUGGUGGUUGAUGAAAGUCAACUAGUAGAGUUCAUCAAUGAGGUAGUAAUUCUUUCACAGGUCAACCAUAGAAAUGUGGUCAAACUUUUAGGAUGUUGCCUAGAGACCGAGGUCCCACUACUUGUCUCUGAGUUUGUCUCGAAUGGUACUUUAUAUGACCUUAUUCAAAAUGAAACCGAUGAGUUUUCAUUCUCUUUACAUAUGAGAUUACAAAUUGCUACCGAGAUCGCAGGAGCACUUUCUUACUUACAUUCAGCAACCUCCAUUCCGAUAUACCAUAGAGAUAUCAAGACAACUAAUAUACUUUUGGAUGAAAAGUAUCGAGCAAAAGUUUCUGAUUUUGGUACUUCAAGGUUGGUAUCAAUAGAUCAAACUCAUUUAACUACAUUAGUCAAAGGGACAUUUGGUUACUUGGAUCCAGAGUACUUUCAAUCGAGCCAAUUCACUGAAAAAAGUGAUGUCUAUAGUUUUGGAGUUGUUUUGUUGGAACUUUUGACAAGAGAAAAGCCAAUAUCCUUAACUAGAUUCGGUGAAAAUAGAAGUUUAGCUACACACUUUAUGCUAGCUAUGGAAGAAGGCCGUGCAAUGUCUAUUUUUGAUGCAAUGAUUGUUAAGGAAGGUUUUAGGACCGAGUUGUUGUCUAUAGCUAAUUUGGCAAUGCGAUGCUUGAACUUCAAUGGAAAAAAUAGGCCAACUAUGAAAGAAGUUUCCAUUGAGUUAGAAUGCAUUAGAUUGUCACAUGUUUCCCUUAUAGAUAAAAUUAAUGUUGGCCUUGUGAAGCAAUGUGAGGUGGUAUCACCAAUAUAUGGUAAGUCAACAUCAACAUCGAUGACAAUCAGUGACAAUCGUAAUUGAUGAAUCAUGGUAAAUCUUAUGCUUUAAUUCGGUUAAGCAUUAGUUUCACCUACGAUAAUUGUGUCUUGAUAAAUAAGUUGUCUAUAAAGAUAGAAAAAACAUGUCAUAGGUUGUACUUGUUUCUCCUUCAAUGAUUUAUAUUUCAUGCUUUUGGUAUUACAUAUUCCUUUGUUUAAAAUUUGAUCGGUUUAUAAUAUAUAAAUACUAUCAACGUUAUGUUAUCUUA